AUGUUGACCUUUGCCACUCCAACUGCUCCCUUCGCUUCUUCCAAUUCAUUCUUUCAACCUCCACAAUUAACUCAAGAACAAACAACCAAAUUGUACAUGAUCUCUCAACUGUCACAAGUCACUGGUGAAUCCCAAGACAAGUGUUCUCAUUAUUUAACAUUUUUCGGUUGGAACUUGGACGCAUGUUUCCAAGCUACUGUCAGUUUCUGUCGUGAACUAUGUGAAAAAUAUGGUAUGAACAAUGUCUUUCUCGCAAGACGAAUUGCCGAAGAAGCUCAAUUUAAUAUUCAAUUAUGUCUCUAUCGAAUGGAAUUGGUUAUGAAAUUAAUGAGUCAGACACGACUCAUUCACGUCUUUGCCUAUGAUUGUUUAUUACAAUAUCAAUGGAAUUUUGACGUGUCUUUGAAGAGAUGUAUUGAAUUAAUUGCUACGAAUCGAUUGCCUUCUCAUGCAUUUUUAUCUCAAAGCUCUCCUUUCACAACAACAACAAGUCAUCCUCCAUCCACGUUAACCUUUCCUUCAAUUUCUUCAUUGACCAAUACUAAUACCAAUAAUAAUAAUACGAGUGUUCCAUUGAGUGUCAUGAUUCCUCAAACCCCACAGCAACAACAAUUCUCUCAACAAACAUUUUCACAACAACAACAAUUACAACAAACUCAAAAUAUGUAUCAUUCACAACCAAGAAGAACAACGAUUGUUCAGAGAAGAAAUUAA